AACCGGAGACGGAGAGAGAGCAUAACAUAUGAUGGUUGCUUUAAGGACAUGAUCUCUUUUUAGCAGAGACAUGUACACAGCAUUAUCAGCCUCCUGUCUCUUCUUUCUCUCUCUCUCUCUGAAACUGAAAUGUGAAUUCUUCCCUUUCUUACAUUCUCUCUCUUAGUUUUGAUUUCUGUCUCCAAGUUCACUUUUUUGUCACCAUUAAUCAUCAAUCAUCAUACUUUACUUCUUCCCCUUCUUCUGUAGUGCUACCGGUGAUCCAAUUUCAACUGUAGCUGCUUCCUUUAAGCUUCUUCACUCUCUCUUUAGAAAUUCUUAUAUUUUCCAAUGGGCCAUCAUUAAUGAAUUGUUAUCACAGGUUUUUCUUCCUUCUUAACUUUCUGCUUAAGCUUUUGAGAUUAUGAUUGCGUGUAGAUGAUGCUUUAUUUUUUCCCCUCUCUUUUUCUCUCCUUCAUUUAUCAAUGAUAUACUCCACUGUGGUCUUUCCUUUUUCCAGUGUUUUAUUAUUCCCAUUUUCUUUUCUUUUAUGCUGUUAUGGUUUGGUUUCAAAUUCUGCUGAGCUUCAUAGAGAUCAUGCUGUAUUGUUUGUACCUUUUGCAAUUGCUUGAGCAACAGUCCAUCCAGUAAUGGUUGUUUGUAAGGUCACAAUUUCAAUUGCAAAUUACAUGUUUCAGAAGAGUGUGGAUUUCUGUUUUGCAAUGUAGGUACCGUUCAUUUCCUGCAAUUCUGUGAACUAUUGCUUUCUACUUCAAUAUUGUGUGAAUUUCAUCUGUUCAAAUCAAUAAUUAGGAGCAGGAGCAGAACCAUGUUGAUUGCGAAGCUGAGUACACUUUGAUUAGUUUGCUUAUUGCAAUAGCAUCUAAAUCUUGUUUAAUGAUAGAUUGCAUGCAGCAAUGUGUCAAAUGCAGUAGGAUCUAUAUCUCUUGCAAAUAACUAAUUUCUUCAUGCCCCCUCUUUUUUUUUCUUUACUGAAUAGUGUUGCCGGAUCCUAAAUUUAUCAAUGAGACAAGAGUUGGAGUUCGAUCUCAAUGACAAGUCUUCGGCGGAUCUGAGCCCCAAUACUGUUCUUCUAUCUCCUCAAUAUUCUUUGAAUGUGAAGAAAAUAUAUAAAAAAGGAAAAGCUAUUGGGAAAGAUGAGUUUUUGAAACUAAAAGAGGACUUUGCCCAGAUCAAAUUUGCUCAAUUCCACAAUUCUUCGUACAACAAACUUCCCUGUAGAUCUCAUGGAUUGGAAGGUAAUGUAGGAGGGAGAGGAGGCUCCAUUCUAAAGAAAAUGGACACCAUGGAGGGAAGGAAAAAGAUAGAAAUUUCAUGUCGGAGUAGUGAUGCCUCUUUUUCAGGUAGCAUUGUUGAUUCUUUAUGUAGCUCAGAUGAUGAACCUUCUGAAAUAUCUCAGAAUUCGAAUGUGGCUUCACCAUCUGUUUCGGCAUCCUGGGCUUCUAUGGAGUGCAACUCUCCAGAAAUAUUUAUUGACUUCAUAAAUCCAGAUGUUUGGGCUAGAAACUCUAGUGCAGUUGAAGGGGUAGAUUCUAUGUAUUCAAAGGUAAGAAGUGAUAAUAAGGUUGCUUGUUCUACAAUUAAUGGUGAUUCUCCUCUUCCGAAAGACACAUUUGAGGCAUUGCACAAAUACCAUAGUGCUAUGGUUGAAGUUGCUGACUUUCCAUAUCCACUACAAAGUGAUUGCUCAUCUAGAGGUAACCCAAAACCGCCAUUCAGCCCUGUCGGUAAAAGGCUGAAUUCAUUUGCGAAGUCAAAAUCUCCGCAAAGUCCAGCCAGCCAUAUGCUAGAAGAUACUAAGGUGAAAUUGCCUGGGACUACUACUUUAACAAGAAACAGGACUUACCAGAAAUCUCUGCUGAAUGACUUCUCCAACGCCGCAAAACAUGCUGACAUUGUUUCUGAGUUUAUAAGAAGAGAUAUUAAGUAUUCAGGCCUAGCAUGUUCACCGGUUCAUCUGCACGGUAAUCUGAGGUUGAAAAUUAAGCAAGGGCUGCCAACUUUUGAGUUUAAGGUGAAAUGCCCUGAAGAUGUCUUUGUAGCAAAGCCUUGGAGAGCAGGUAAUACUUCCAACUGGGUAUAUACCUUCCAUUCCAUCAAUAGUAGAAAGAAAAGCGAUGCCUCAGGUUUGAAGUCCCAUGAUUGUGACAAAUAUCCAUCAAUAGUAGCACAGAUGUUAGUUUCAUGUAAUUUAUGUUCAAAAUUAGAAGGUGGAGUAUUGGACAAUUCGAUGGUGACAGAAUUUGUGUUGUAUGAUCUAAUGCACUCAAGAAGAAGUGUUUCAUGUAAAAAGAAGUCUAACACUGAGCAAGAUGCUUCUAAAAUGCUAAAAGCUUGCCGGGUAGGAGCAAAGGGAGAAACUCUCAUGGUAGAUGAGAAGAGUCUGGCUAGUAAAAACAAGCUUCCAACAAGCAAUGUUGAUUUUGAUGAAUCAAAUUCAUGUCCAUUGUCAUCCGCAGAAUUGCAUCCGAACCUUGAAAUUGCUUCUAUUCGUUUGCAAAUUCCAUUGGAUAAGAGAAAAAGCUUGAAAUACAAAAGAAAGGAUAUGAGAGAGGCUAACUCGUUUUCCAAACUAAGUGAUGUCUCUUCAGUUGUAGAGCACUGUAGAAAAAGCUUCCACAACAGGAAAAUGCAGGAACAAGUGAAGGUGGUACUACCAACUGGCAUUCAUGGUUUGCCGAGUGGCGAAAACCUUGGUCCCUCAUCAUUACUUGAUCGAUGGAAACAUGGUGGAGGUUGCGACUGUGGUGGCUGGGACAUGGCCUGUCCCCUUAUUCUUUUAGGCAAUCCUAGUAUUCAGUUUGCUGAAGACCAGCCCCUCAUAAAGGAUUAUCAACCACUGCAACUUUUUCUUCAGGGAGCCAAGGAAAAUACUCCUACCUUUAGCAUGAGCAGAGUUGAAGAGGGUGAAUAUACAGUUGAUUUCCAUGCUCGGUUAUCCCCGUUACAAGCCUUCUCCGUUUGUGUCGCCAUUUUGCAUGGCACUUCCACUUGUAGCCUUGCACGGAGGGAGAAAAACCAGCCAUUAUCUCAAUGUAAUUCACUGGAAAUGCUAAUGAGGGAGGAAGCAGAGCUUUUUAUGCAAUCAAAGGAGAAGAACAAGACCAUGUCCAAGACUCACAAAGGGAUUCCUCUACCUUAUGUAACGAUGCCACCCUUUUCUCCUGUUGCACGAGUAUAACAGAAAUGGGAGCUACAGAUUCUACAUUUCUUCUUCUAAAGUAUAGAGAGAUUUAGAGACAGAACAGAAUGCACUGCUCCAUGGGAGAAAUUGAAUUAUUCUUUGUAGUAACUUAGUUUUAUUUAUUCUAUAGUCUGUAAAAUGUAAAUGGAAUAGAGUUAUAAAUAAUUAAUUUUGUCCACAAACUUGUAUUGUAAUGCGAUAGUUAGAACUUCGAAGGGGGAAAAUGUGAAAAUAGUAACCAUUUCUCU